UUUCAAAUAGAUAAGAGCUUGGAAGUAGAGGAAGCGGACGCCACUUGGAGACGAAGGCUUCGAGGAGGUCCAGCUCUCGUCCAAGGCGUUCAAACAAAAUCUCCGGAAUCCUCCUCCUCUUCCUCCUCGCCCUGGUUCCUCGAGUUCCGCGCCGUGUCCUCCAAAUCCUCGAGGCGCGGAGGACGGAUCUCAACGUGGGAUUUUGGGAAUAUCGCUCUGGAUUCGAGAGACUGGAUCUAUCUGGUGAACGGGGAUUCUAGAUUUCCGAUUUAUUUAUUUCUAGGAUCGGUUUUAAAGCUAUGAGCCUUUCUUUUGGUCCUGGAAUUAGAGGAGUCCGUGACAAGUUGGGCCUUUCGUUCAUCUUUUUCUGAGAUUUCCAAUUAGAUAGGGAAAGUUUCUUGGUCGUUAAAUCUCAGAAUUGUAUGAAAGUUUGGAUCUUUGGCUAGAAUUCAUCACUUCUUGAAGAGAUUCCAGUAAAAGGUCUGGUUUUUACGGUUGGCGGGAGGUAUGGAAUAUCCCCUGUGACCUAGAGGAAAACGAGUUAUUGUCUGAGCUCAAAUGGAUGGGUUUUCUCCGUUCCUCGAAGGGAAUCGGAGCCCGAUGUUGGAGGACCGAUUUAGCUACCCGACGUGGAUGGCCAUCGAUUCUUUCACUGAACUCUGGAGUCCAUCGAUUGCUGGCCAGGUUCUCUCGCCAUUUAACUAUUCAGUAUCUUGGCUGAAGCCUGGUAGUGAGACUCUGCUGUCCUCGCCAAAUUCACAAGCACCAAGUGGGGAUUCCGUUCCUGGGAUUUGUGACGAUUCGAGAAAUUCGGCCGGUGUAGAUUAUUGCUUUAAAGAUGAUUCAGCACCACAAAAUUCUGGCCUGCAAGCUGGAUUUUUGUUGAAUUCUCUCCAGAUGGAUGUCUCGCGAAGAAAUGGGCUUCCUUUUAAUGUCUCUGAUGCUGAUGAGGGCACCAGUGUUGUACCCAAAUCCAUGAUGGGAGUUAGUCUUUCUGAGAGAUUGCUUAUGGCACUGUCUUUGUUCAAGGAAUCCUCAGGUGCAGGGAUACUUGCCCAGGUCUGGAUGCCUGUGAAUCAGGGAGAUGAGUAUAUAUUAAGCACAUAUGAGCAGCCCUAUCUUCUUGACCAGACUCUUGCAGGGUACCGAGAAGUUUCGAGGGCAUAUACUUUUUCUGCGAAAGAGGCACCAGGGUCCAUCACUGGGCUUCCUGGCCGUGUAUUUGUCUCUGGAAUGCCGGAAUGGACCUCAAACGCCGUCCAUUAUCAUCGGCAAGAGUACUUGCGGGUCGACCAUGCACGCCAUUAUGAUGUCCGUGGAAUACUUGCGGUGCCAAUUUUUGAUCUCAAUGAACAUUCAUGUUGUGGAGUCCUUGAGCUUGUAACGGUGAAGGAGAAAUCUGAUUUUGAUUCUGAGAUGGAUAGCAUUUUCCAAGCUUUGCAGGCUGUGAGUUUAAGGAGUGUCAAAGUAUGCGCUCAAAAGCAGAGUCUUAAAAUGGGCCAGAAGUCUGCAUUCACAGAGAUAUUGGAUGUCUUGAGAGCCAUAUGUCAUGCACACAUGUUACCUUUGGCACUUACAUGGAUUCCCUUGAGCAACAAUGAUGAAGGUAUGGAUGAAUGUACAAGAGAUGCUGCAGAGGCUAACUCUAUUUCAGGCAGAAAAAUCAUGCUCUGCAUCCAGGAGUCGGCCUGCUAUGUCAAUGAUCAACAAAUGCAGGGUUUUCUACAUGCAUGUUCUGAACACCACCUUCAAAAUGGGCAGGGCAUUGCUGGAAAAGCAAUUCAAUCAACUCAUGCUAUCUUCUCUCCAGAUGUAAAAAGUUGUGACGUACACCAGUACCCGCUCGCACAUCAUGCUCGCAAGUUUGGCCUGCACGCUGCUGUUGCAAUCAGGUUAAGGAGCACCCAUACAGGAAACGAUGAUUACAUACUAGAGUUCUUUCUUCCUAUCCACUGUAAAGGGAGUGCAGAGCAGCAGCUCCUGUUGAACAACAUGUCAACUACAUUGCAGAGAAUCUGCAGAAGCUUGAGAACAGUUUCAGAUACUAAGGUGGUCAGAACUGAUGUCACCAAGGAGGGACCAGGAACAAGACAAACUAUACCUAUCUCAGCAGAACACUCCCAAAGCUUGCGCUAUGAUGCUGAACUUAACUUGACUGAGUUAUCUUCCAAAUUUCAAAAUAUGGAAACCGGUAAACAAGGAGAUGCUCGUCGGGGUCAGACGAAGCCUGGCUCACCUAGACACCCAAAGAAGAAACGCAGUACAGUGGAAAAGAAUAUUAGUUUAAGUGUUCUACAGCAGUACUAUUCUGAAACUCUUAAGAAAGCUGCAAAGAGGAUUGGUGUUUGCCCAACUACACUGAAAAAAAUUUGCAGGCGGAAUGGGAUUUUAAGAUGGCCAUCUCGCGACAUAAGGAAGCUCAGCCAUUCUAUGAGGACGUUCCAGAGCAUGAUAGACUCUGUACCAGGAGUUGCGGGGAUAUUAAAAUAUGAUAAUGCUACUGGAAAACAUUUUACAGUAGUCUCAUCUCCUGAAAAACAAGCUGCAAUAGCCUCAGAACCAUCACGCCGGGGUUUACCAGAUCAGUUUGUGGGAAACUUGGAAGAAGAGACUUGUUUGGUUGGCAGAAACCAGAUUAACAAUUCAGGCCAACCACAACUUCAUCACCAUGAAGCAAAUAUAGCCUGCGUUCCACCUUUCGGCAUUGGCGACAAAUGUAAGGUUACUUCUUCUGGAGGGCCAUCCAGCCUUGCUAAAGAGAAAUGCUGCCAUGAUGCUUCUAGCAAGGGUGGCUUCAGUUCAGAGAGCCUUAAAUGCAGCAUCAGAUCAAAAAGCUCAUGCCCCAUGGCAGCACUGGAAGAAAUGCAUACCGAAAUGGAUGCUAGUGAAAGGAUCAUAGAACGCAGUCGUCCUUCUUAUUCCAGCAUGACAGACUCAUCCAGCGGCAGCGCCUCAAGUCGCCCCAGUAUUAAAAGAAGCUUAAAGAACAAUAUGUUGGCCGCUGACUUUGGGUCUGCAAUCCAUGUAAAGGCUACUUAUAAGGAGGAAACUGUAAGGUUCAAAUUCUCCUUGUCCAUGGGUUUCCAUGAGUUGAUUGAGGUAAUUGGGAAGAGAUUUAAAUUGCACAGUGGGACGUUUCGGCUCAGGUAUUGGGAUGAUGAGGAAGAGUGGGUCAUAUUGGCCAAUGAAUCUGAUUUGCAGGAGUGUGUCGAGGUGCUGCAGUAUAUGGAAUCCCAACGUCUGAGGCUUCUUGUUCAAGAUUUUCCCUGUGCAACCGGCAGCUCAGCCAGCAGUAACAGCCUGCUUAUGAGGCCAUAAAAUCCCAAAGAUGUGACAACAUGAUCAAGGAUUUCACUCCACCAGCCAAAAUGGCUCAAACUGGAAUACUGCAACUACUUGUGGUUCCCUAACAAUCGGUUGGCAGCCGGAAUAGUAAUCUUCUUACCAUGCCCUGAGGAGCCUUUAAAUUUGGCCUUUUUUACUUUUGAUUCUUAUGGUUGAACACAUCUCUAUGAGUUUAGGCUCUAUUGCUUUAAAGAGCUUGCAUGACUGGGCACUAUAUGAUGAGUAGCAUACUUCAUGUGUCUUGCUAAUAGAGUAGUUGUUCAGUGUCAGAAAUGGUUCCUUGAGAAUUUGAAAUAAAUUACUUUAGUUGCUACAA